GAAAUAGCGUGAGCUUUUCACAGCUUCAAAUUUAAUUAGCCCUCUAGCGUCUUAUUUCUCACAUCCUUCUUCUUGUUAACAAAGGUAACAACAUGGAUGCCUUUUCUUCCUCUUUCCUCUGUUCUGUGCAAACUUCAAAACUCUUUCUCAGCCCUAAGAUCACCAUCCCCAAUUCAUUUCCUUUUCCUCAUCUCCAUCCUUUCAAUGUGUCAUCUGUUAGAAUUGAAGAAAAACCUCAACCCACAACUACAGGACCUACCACCACCAAAAGAACAUCUAAUACUACUACUCCACCCGUCACAACUAGUACUAAGUCGUCGUCAUUGUCGCAGCCGCCUCCUUCUGCAGCAGCAGCUGGGGCAAAGAGAAGAGUAAAACCCACCCUACCAGCUAUGGUAUUCAGUGCCUUGGAUGAUGUAAUCAACAACUUCAUAGAUCCUCCAAUCCGGUCAUCAGUGGAUCCUAGAUACAUACUUUCCAACAACUUUGCUCCCGUUGAUGAGCUUCCUCCAACUGAGUGUGAGGUGAUAGAGGGAUCUCUUCCAUCAUGCCUUGAUGGUGCUUAUAUUCGUAAUGGUCCGAACCCACAGUACCUGCCUCGAGGACCUUACCACCUAUUUGAUGGAGAUGGCAUGCUUCACUCCAUCAGAAUCUCUCAAGGCAAGGCCAUUCUCUGCAGCCGAUAUGUCAAGACAUAUAAAUACACUACGGAGCGUGAUGCUGGUGCUUCGCUUCUUCCAAAUGUCUUCUCUGGAUUCAAUGGCCUGGUUGCCUCUGCAGCCCGUGGAGCUCUCUCCGCUGCUCGAAUUCUUUCCGGUCAAUUCAAUCCUGCAAAUGGCAUUGGUCUAGCAAACACCAGCCUGGCUAUGUUUGGCGAUAAACUCUAUGCACUUGGUGAGUCUGAUCUACCUUAUGCUGUGCGUUUGACAUCAAAUGGGGAUAUUGAGACUCUGGGUCGCCAUGAUUUUGAUGGAAAGUUGUUCUUUAGCAUGACUGCUCACCCCAAGAUAGACUUUCAGACAGGAGAGACCUUUGCUUUUCGAUAUGGUCCUGUUCCUCCAUUUUUAACAUACUUUCGCUUCGAUUCAAAUGGAAAUAAACAGCCAGAUGUGCCUAUAUUUUCCAUGAUGCAACCAUCUUUCCUUCACGACUUCGCUAUUAGCAAGAAGUAUGCUAUAUUUGCAGACAUACAAAUUGGGAUGAACCCCACGGAAAUGAUCUUCAGAGGAGGCUCUCCGGUGGGUUCAGACCCAGCAAAAGUAUCAAAAAUCGGAGUCAUCCCGCGAUAUGCAACCGACGAGUCAGAAAUGAGAUGGUUCGAUGUGCCUGGGUUCAACAUUAUACACGCCAUCAAUGCAUGGGAUGAAGACGAUGCUAUUGUCAUUUUGGCGCCCAACAUUUUAUCGGUAGAACAUACAAUGGAGAGAAUGGAGCUUGUCCAUGCCUUGGUGGAGAAGGUGAGAAUAGACUUGAAAACUGGCAUAGUUACAAGAAACCCAAUUUCAGCCAGAAAUCUAGACUUUGGAGUGAUAAAUCCUGCAUAUGUUGGGGAAAAGAACAGAUUCAUAUAUGCAGCCAUAGGUGAUCCAAUGCCAAAGAUUUCAGGGGUGGUGAAGCUGGAUGUGUCAAAAGGGGGGCGCCAGGAGUGCACGGUGGCUAGUAGGUUGUUCGGGCCAAGAUGCUAUGGUGGUGAGCCUUUCUUUGUGGCGAGAGAGCCUGAAAAAUCAGGGGCAGAAGAGGAUGAUGGGUAUGUGGUGUCAUAUGUUCAUGAUGAGAUUGCUGGAGAGUCCAAGUUCUUGGUGAUGGAUGCGAAGUCGCCAAAUCUUGAUAUUGUGGCUGCUGUCAAGCUGCCCCGGCGAGUUCCUUAUGGCUUCCACGGACUUUUUGUGAGGGAGAGUGACCUGAAAAAGCUGUAGCUACUCAUGUUUCUAUGGGAAGGAAACUUUUACCUAUAGUAACCCUACAGGGAUGACCAAUCAUAUGGGUGAAAUUCUUAGGUGAAUCUCCUUAUGGAGUGGAUUUUACUUACAAGAUGGAGUUCAUUUCAUAUAAGUGGUGGGACAUGUGUAAACGAUAGAAAAAUAUACAUGGUAAAAUUAGUAAAUAUACAUAUGGUAAUGAACAAUACUGAAUUUUUCUUAUCACAAGACUUACUUUUCUUUAGAUUUAUUAUUGACAUUAAUUUGUAAUUAUUUCGUAUAUAUAUGUUGUUUUCAUGGAAGUCAA